GUCUGUGUCGCGCUCCCGAGCACACGUCAUGACGUCCUCCUCUCUCGUCUUCAUGUUUACACUAUUUUCGUGUAUUAUAAUCCGUCCUGGAGGUGGUGCCGAGUACGAGGGAACGCUGGAAUUGGUGCAUUUGAUGUACCGUCAUGGAGACCGUGCACCAAUCACCCUCUAUACAAAUGAUCCCCACAAGGAUCCCUCCCUCUGGCCCAAUGGUUUGGCCCAGUUGACUAAGGAAGGAAAAGCUAGGCAGUAUGCCCUUGGCAGAUGGUUACGCAAUAGGUACCAAAAUUUUGUCAGUGAAAAAUGGAUUCCUAGUGAAGUGUAUGUUCGCAGUACGGAUGUGGACCGCACCUUGAUGUCUGCGUCAUGCAAUCUAGCAGCAUUUUAUAGACCAGAUAAUCCUGACUCCUUCUUUGAGAAGGACUUGGAAUGGAUGCCAACACCUAUUCACACUACAUUAGCAGAAAAUGAUGAACUCUUGAGUAUUAAUCACACCUGUCCAAGAAUCCAGGAGGAAGUUGCUAAACAGGAUAAUCUACCACUGGUGAAAAAUUUGACAGAUGCCAGUCAAGAUCUGUUCCACUACCUGAGUCAAAUGACAGGAGAUAAUAUUUCUUCUAUCGUAGAUGUGGACUACCUUCAUGAUACUUUACUAAUUGAGUUCUUGAACAAUCUCACAUUACCGAAGUGGACAAAAGAUGUCCUUCCACGCAUGAAGGUUUUGUCCGACUUUAGUUUCCAGCUUGUCGCCCUGUCUGAAGAAUUAAAACGUCUUAGAGCAGGUCCCAUAAUUAAGGAAAUUGGUAAUAACAUGAGAAAAAAAGUACAAGGAAAGCUGCCCAAACAGAAGAUGUACAUGUACUCGGCCCAUGACACCACUUUGUCAAUACUGCUCUUGGGCCUUGGUGUGUUCAACAAUAUAGCCCCUCCAUAUGCAACAACUGUUCUGAUUGAAUUGCACAAAAUUGGUGAACAACGAUUCGUUAAGAUGUUCUUGAGAAAUGACACCAAUAUGGUUGAGCCGCCACACGUGCUGACCCUGCCAGGCUGUGCUCCCGUGUGUCCUCUAGAUGACUGGCUUGCUAUCAAUGAGGCCAUCAUACCCAGUGAUUGGCAUCAUGAGUGUAACUGUGUUAUGGAGGGGUCGCUUCCUAAGCUGAGCCCAGGAAUGCUAACAGCUGUGACUGGUGCAGUGGUCUCGGUUACCCUCCUCCUCAUCGUGGUCAUAUGCAACCUUCAUGGCUGGAGACAACGAACCAAACAAUGUGCUUACCAAGCUGUCCCAAACAACUUUCCAUAAUUUGUAUUUUUGUGUCAAAAUGGAAAUAUUACCAUGGCUCUUUAUUUUAUUUAUUUUUGGGAAAGGGGGGAGGGGGGAACUGUGCCUAAUUGUGAGCAAUUUUAUAUAUUUUGAGACGUCGUCCUUUACAUAGAGUAACAAUUUUAAUUCACCUGUGGUGAAAAUAUAAUGGUUGUGCAUUAUAGUCAUUUAUAAUGUGGGUUGUGUGCUUCUUUAUGGACAAAUAACGUCACGUAUACAUUGUAUGCUAAUUAUCUCGCCAUGUUAGGCAUUAUGCCUGUUCUUUUAAUCGACAGAUAUUUAUUUUUGAUACUCUUGAUGAAGCAGUUGUUGGUUGCUUGCUGGGAAUGCUGGACUGAUCAAAGGUCUGUGGUUUAAGGAUAUUAUAUUUUAAAUGCGUGCAUAGGGUUAUUUAUAAUGUGAAAUUUAAUGACCAAAUUUGUUUGGUAAGGUAAUCAUGUGUAUUGAUAUUUAUAGAGUUGUGAUUAAAGUUACUUGUGUACUUGUUACUCAAGCAGUGUGUAUUUUGUUUUGUGAUGUAACUAAUUGUUUUAGUUGUUAGGUUUUUAUAAAUGUGUACACGUUAUCUUGAAACCACAUGCUAACAUUUUGGGUAAUGUUGCAGUAAAUUUAUAUUCAUUACUAUGUGUUAGGUAAUAUCUGAUAGUAAAGUCUUAUUCUGUAAACAUUUUAUUUUGUUUAAUAGGAAACAAAUUUAGUAUUGAAAAAGAAUUGUUAUACCGUGCCAUAUAUCUGUGUGGAUAUACUACCUGUAUCUUUUUUUUUAUCAUAUGAGGGUAAAAAUUUUAAAUAUUUUAAAUGGGUAGCUGAAAUUGAUAAGAAACAAAGGCAGUGCAUAAAUUCACUGCAGUUUUAGAAAUGUCUGUACCUUGUUUACUUUGUGUAGCGUCUAGGAGUAAAAGUUCCUUUACAUAAUAUUGCAAGUACUGUAUAAGCACCACAUACUUGACCUUGUAUUAAUGGUCAAGCAGAAAGUUGAAACUACUCCCAGCUGUUUCUAUGAGCCUAAUAUAUCUGAGAAAGUGAAUCCUGCUCCUUCAAUACCCAGAGUAGAACUGUCCUUUAAAAUUUUUUGUUAAUUUUAAUUAACAAUAUUAUUACUGAUAAAUAUUAUUUUACAUUAUUGAUUUAUUUUUGUUUUCCUAUUAAUUUAUUUAGGUAUGUGUGGAGUAAUACCAUUUGAUAUUAAUUUUAUUAUUUAUGAUAGAAAAGUUUGUAGGCAAAAGGGUUCAUGCUCAAAUGGAUCUCGGGUUUAAUUAUUACAUUAAGAUGUAUAUUGAGAACAAAAAGAUAUUUAAAUUUGUUUAUGGAAAAUAUUUGCUUCUAAUGAAACAGUGGAGUGCAGUGUACUGCCUUUCCUAGACAGCAAGUCUUGUUACUAUGUGUAUAUCUGUGAUAAAAGUUGUUCCAGCCUGCCCUUUUGGGGUUCAUUUUAAUGUUCUCGGCUGUUCAUUGCACAACUAUGUUAUAAUGUAGUAUAUAAUGUAAUUUGGGAAUGUAACUGAUGAUCAUCAUUGUCAGGUUCUAGACCCAACAGGAGUGCUCCAGUGAAGCAAUGUUUAUCCUUAGUGAUAACAUUGUCAUUAAUGUUGAUGCAGUGUUGCUGGGGAGCGUGGAUCAGGUUAUUCAGUACAUUUCCAAUAUUAUGUACAGUAUUAAUGCCUACUCAUACUGCAUACCUUUUUAAAUGGUCUUGUAGAUUUUUGGGGUUUGAUAGUGUUCAUAGUUUCUUGCAUAAACUGUUUUUUCUGUAUUCACCUUGUUGUGCUUGCGGGGGUUGAGCUCUGCUCUUUCCGCCCGCCUCUCGAUUACCAAUCAACCAACUGUUACUAACUACUAAUUUUUUCUACACCCCCCAUCCCCCAGGAAGAGGGGGGGGGGUUGUAAGGGGAUGUGACAGCCUGUAAUGGCUGUCUAACUACCAGGUACCUAUUUACUGCUAGGUAACAGGGGCUUCAGGGUGAAAGAAACGACCCAUUUUUGUUUCUGCCGGUGCCGGGAAUCGAACCCCGGUCCACAGGACUACGUAUCCAGCGUGCUGUCCACUCGGCCACCAGUGCCCUUUGGGGAGCCCCUUUGGCUCCCUGGAGUUAUCGAGCUAUGUGAUGCAUUAGACCCGGGAAUUAGUCUAUGGAGUUCAGUCUAACAAGAACCUCAAGCCAGAACCUGGUUCCCUCAGAGGUGCAGGGAGCAAUGGCCCUGGAAAACCUCCUGUGGUUGGAAGUAAUUUUUAUAUUCUUCCUUCUUUCAAUGUUGCACCAUUAUUUUAAACCAUUUUAAUGUUUAUUAUAACCUGUAGAUUUGCUUUAUUAGCAUUGAUUAAAUAAUUCACCAGAUAUUUUAAAUUGUUAUUAGAGUACCUGAGGCUUGAAACUGCUUACACAUUUAGUGAAGAUGUAUAGCUCUUUGUAGAUUCCCACUAUAUUUUGUGUGUAGUGAUCAUAUCUCCACUUUUCCUUGUAUCUUUCAGCUUUGGCAAAUUUAACACCUGUAGCCUCUCCUUGUAGCUAUUAGUUUUUCAGUUUCAAUAGGCACUUAGCAGUGUGUCUUUGCACUUUUUCCAGUUAAUGUGCUUUUUGAGAUAUGGCACAUCCUUACUUUGGUUUCACAAGUCUUGAACAAUUUCUUUUAAUACUUCACUGUCCAUCAAUUUAAAUUUGAUUCUGAAGUUAGAAAGCAUAGCAUAGGCUCCUCGCACAAUAUUCUUUGUGUUUAGUUUAGUAUAUUAAACCCAGACAGUUUAGUAUCCAGAAUCACCCCAGGGGUCUCAUUCUUUGUCAGAAUUCUUCAGUGCCUUUUCAUAUAAUCUGCAAGUUGUGUAGGGCCUAUAUUCUUCUAUUCCACAUUCCAUGACUUAGCAUUUAUUCACACUGAAUUCCAUCUACAAAGUGUUGUUCCAUAUACUGUACUUAUUUGUCCAGAUCAUCUUGAAGGACAUGACAAUAAUCUAAGUUUCUUAUCUUUCCUAGUAAGUUAGCAUCAUCAGCAAACAUAUUCACAUAAUUGUGUUCCUUCUGGUAGAUUGUUCAAAUAAAUGAGCAUUACUGGUGCUAGAGCUGAAUCCUGUUGUAUUUCACUAGUAACAUUUCUCCGGUCUGAUACAUUCUUUGAUUACUGCCCCCAGGGUUUUUUUUUAAUCCAUGUCAGAAGUCUUCCUGUCAUGCUUCUGGUGAACUGCUUUUCAGCCAAACACCAGCCAUUCUUGGACUUUGUCCUGUGGUGGUUUUGUUUUUGUACUGAUAACUUCAUUAGCAUGUGUUCUCCAGUUUUGUUUUGCAUAGACCUGGCUUUUAUUGCACUUGUAGCUUCAUAUGAUCAAAGUUCUCUUCCAUAAUUGCUCCCUAGUGCUACCCUAGCACUGGCAGAGUUGUCUUCUCUGGUGUGUUCAGGAGUUUGCUCUCUUAGAGGUCUGUCCAGUUGAGGAUACCACACCGGUCCUGUUGCCCCUCUGUCUAGGCCCCAGGUUGGAAGUGAGCAUUGGCUGCUUGGGGCACACUGGUUACUCUCUCAAUUGUACACACAACACAGUGAGGUCAGUCUUCACAGCCAUAUAGCCCAGGUUAUUGGCUUACUAUAGUGUAUUAUAUUUGGCGCGUGUUCCCAAUACCUGGGUGUUCUGCUUGGUUUGUUCUUCAGGCCAUGGGAAUUCCCAAUGGGUUUGGUUUGGCCUCUGGAUAUUUCCUCUGAACCUGUUCUCAUCUAGUGAGAGUGAGGGUUGUUGUCAUCUGUGCCAUAGGGCGACAAUCAUUCUUUCUGCCUCUACCAUGCUGCCAGCUGGGCCAGACACCCGAGUCCUGUGGGGUUUGCUCUCCCCAUGUGACUCUUCUAUCCGACCUUCCUGACGACGCUGAAGUGAAUUGAGCAUCUUCUGCUUUCUUGGUUCAUUUUGCUCACUUUCAGCAGUCUAGGUUGUAUGUGGCUGGUUUAAUGUUUUGGAUCUUGCCCACCUUGUGAUUACAGACUAGGAAUUGGAGGUGUUGGUGAAUACAUUAGCUCUAUCUGCACCACCUCUUCCUGUCCCCUUGGGUGUAGUUUCCCAGCUUCAGUUUUUUACUCCUGCUUCCGGCUCUGAAGUGUCUAAGGGUUGCAGUCAUGGCAAGGUUUAGUUCGCGAUGAGGAUCGGCCAUCUCUGGAUGGUGGCUCCUUCCACUUUGUGUGCAGAGGCAGUUGACGUGGCUAGUCCUGGUCAACUGCCUAGUUUAAUGGGAUUCUGGCAGCCUGGUACUUGGAUAAUGUUCUUGGUCCUUGUCAUGCCCAAUGUUACCUUGUGUUGUCUCGAUCUUGUCAUGCCUGUAGUUUCUCCUCCCUGGUGGGUCCUCCUUUUCCGAGGAAGGUUAGCUUCAAGGAGUCGCACAGGGCUCCCUCUAGAAACCCAGCUUUGAAUGUAAUAAUCUGGGUGAGCUUGGGUGGGUUGUGAUCUUUUUGCUUUUGCUUCUGUUCCAGUGGACAGCAUGAGCCCUGAGCUCUCCUCUUCUCCUCCUUCCCCAACCAGUGGAGGGGUAGGACAAAUGAUUGCAUGUUGUUUCAAGAGAUUUGAUCAUUUGUUUACACAGUUGGAGUUUAAUAGUUUUCAGGCUUUGAACCUGGCAGUAAUCUGUAUUAGUUAAGACUUUCUGGAUGCUUUCCCGGUGGGGUGGCAGCGUGUUACCCGAUCCCUGCACCUCUGAGGGGGACCAGGUUUCAGCGCUGGUUCCUGAUAGGCCAACAGAACCCCAUGGCUGAUGCAACAUAGUACUUUACCUAAAUUUACCUGAGGGACACUCUCACUAGUGGUCUUGAUGAGGACAGGAAGCUGGCGGCUUAUCAAAGCCACUCCCAUUUCUCGUUAUUUUUUCUAGCUGGAUUUUGAAAUUAUUGGAAUUAAACAAUAAUUAAUGUCUUGGAAUUAUUUUUGCUGCCCAGUAUUGAACUUCCUCCAAUGCAGCUACAUCUUUCUGAAGAUGUCACCAUGCUUGGGUACAAUAAUCCAAGUGGUGUUGGCUUGCACCAGAGAUUUAUACAGUUGAAUAACUACCUUAGUCAAAAGUAUGCUUUAUUAUUCCUAGUUUUUUUCUUCUUGCUGUUCCCACUUUUGCAACUUUCAGUGAAUGAUGAAUUUUAACUCCAAGAUCAUUUUCUAUCAAUCUGCUUCAACGUAGGGAUUUUUUUUUUUUUUUGUAUAUUUAAGCCACAUUUUCUUCAGUCAGAUUCAUUCUAGUUUUCUUUGUUUUAACCAUUGUACCCAUUCUAGUACUCAUCAUUAAUUCCUUGCUAGUUGUUCAUGUGCUACCUUAUCAAAUGCUUUAGUAAAGUCCAUGUAUCCUAGAUCUACCAUAGAUUCUCUCCACGAGCUUGCAGACGUGUGAUGUUAAGCUGAUCAGACGGUAGUUUUCUGUUGGGCUCUGCCUUUUUUUUAAAACGGGAGUGAUAUUUACAUACUGUACUGUAUUUCCAAUCUAGGGGGAAACUAUUCCUUGGUCCAGAGAUUUUCUGCCUACCAUCUCUUUCCUGCAAAACCACUAUGGCUCUAUCAUAAAAACUAAAAUUUAUUACACAGGAAUAUCCUGUAUAACUGAAGACUGAGAUUAAUGAAUUUGCCAUGAAUCUUCUUCCGUUUCUUAUGUUUUUCUUUACUUAUGAAAAGUUGAAAAAUUAACUUAAUAAAGUUAAUUUUGCAGUUUUAUUAUAGCCCAACACUAAGCAUGCAUUUCAUUGACUGUGUCAACAUUUUGAAAGGCAUAUUAAAAAGUAACUAAUAUGGCUGGAGCAGUUGAAUAUAUGACAUGUAAUGUAGGCCAAUAGGCCCACUGCAACUUGCUAAUGUUGUACUGACGGGGUAGCCGUCAAUCCCAUGGUUUUUAAUGAUGGCUGGGGCAGUAUGUUCCAUCUUUGAGAACAAGAUGGAACAUCCAACAUACUGCCCCAGCCAUCAUUAAAACAUAGAUAAGCAAGCUGCAGUGGGCCUAUUGGGCCACUCUAUACUUCCUCUGUUAUAUAUUCAGCUGCUCCAGCCAAACAUUUCUAACUUUCACCAUGUUAUACCAUUUAUUAAAGAAAGUUCAGUAUAAUUGAAGAUACUGUAUAUGAAAAAAUCGACAAGAGCCGCGAUAAGGUUUCGAACUUACGCCCGGGAUGAUCCCAGACACUGCCUCGAUCAUCCCAGACGUAGGUUCGAACCCUCGUCACGGCCCUUGUAGAUUUGUUCAUUUGAUACAUCACGCUAUUGUGAUUUCUGUGUGUAUUGAAGAUAUAAUAAAGUAUAUGCAACUAGUGUUGUGUACAGUGUAAAGUAAAGUAUGUGCAACAAAAAUAAUACAUUAAAUAAAAUGCUCAAGAAUUGUCAGUGCAUUUUAUAACUGCUGGAAAAUAGUAUUUUGAAUAUGCAGUUAAGUUAAAGCUAGAAGAGUGAGAUACAGUUCAUAUUUUAUUUUGUAAGAAAUGGUGCAUUAGUAUUUAUGAAUGAUGCCUCACUUUCCCACUCUUGAUAUUUGUUAAUUCAUAAUUUCAUAUAAAAUGUAAUACAAACA